CACUGAGAAGCUGCAACCAAGGAGAAGCUGCAACCAAGUAAGAGCGAGGGGUCCGUACACUGUGCAGCCUCCUCCGUUCCCUGCUCCACUAUGCCUCUGUGGCCCUAAUUCUUAUGGUUUGGAAGCAGCCCAUGCAGAGGUACUGAAGAAGCAAUAUAGGAGAAUAGAGGAUGGAAGCCCUGGCAAUGUAUGAGUUUAAUGCCUCGGGGGAAGAUGAACUGAGCUUCAAAAAAGGGGAUGUGCUAAAGAUCUUAGGUUCUGACGAUAACUGGUAUAAAUCUGAACUCCAUGGAUCUGAGGGAUUUGUUCCCAAAAACUAUGUGGAAGUGCAUUUUCCCAGGUGGUACUGUGAGAACAUCUCCCGUGGAGAAGCUGAGAGUAUACUCAUAGGCAGAUAUGUGGGAGCGUUCAUCAUACGUGCCAGCCAGACUUCCAAAGGGCAAUUCUCUAUGUCGGUCAGGGAUGAAAAUGAUGUGCAGCAUUUCAAGGUCAUGAGGGACAACCGUGGCAACUAUUUCUUGUGGACAGAGAAGUUCAAGUCCCUGAACAAGUUAAUUGAGUACUACAAAAAUGCAUCUAUAUCACGACAAAAAGAGAUCUUCUUAAGGGAGGAAGGCUCAGAAGGACAGGAGAAACGGAUGGAAAAACAAGUAAGGGAUCCCAGAUCACCUGGUGGAGCGAGUGAAGGGAAAUUUAAGCCAGCGAGCUCACAGAGGAACUACCCAGAAACAUGGCCACCGAGAGAAAAUUCAGGAGGGGGCAAUAAGAAAUCCGCUAGUGUCCCCCCAGAGGGGUGGCACCAGAACCCUAUGGCACAAGCAAGUGGAGAAUGCAGCAAAAUCCCUUCUUCACACAAGGGGCCAAGCAACCCUCAGCGAGCACAGGCAUCCCCCACCCCACAAAGAAUACGAAUGGUAAAGGCUCUCUAUGAUUUCCAGGCCAUGGAGCCUGAUGAACUUGGCUUUAAGUAUAGUGACAUCAUCGAAGUACUGGACUGUUCUGAUAAAUCUUGGUGGAUGGGACGGUUGGGAGAAAGGGUGGGCCUUUUCCCAUCCAACUACGUGGCCCUCAUUGACCGAUGACAACAUUUGGAUACACAAACACAGACCAGUUGGGCGUAUCUUUAGGUUAACAAGAGAAUGAAUGCAGGCGUGGAGAAGAGAUUGGAUGAGAAGUGAAGCCACUUGGGUACCACCAGUAAUGAACUGCAACAGAUGUAAUGGCUGUCAUUCACUGAAAUACAAGUACUUUCCCAACCAAACUAUCAUCUGUACAUUUCCACAAAUAUUUAUAUUCCAUGUUAUUUUGUACAUUGUCAUUUUUGGUUACCUGGUUUGUUGUUGUUUCUAAAGAGAUGUUAUUACCAUA